UAUGUAUAUAAAUUUUUGUCAUAUAUUCAUUUUGAUAUAGAUAAAAAAAAAAAUUUUUUUUUGUUUUUAUUUUAUGUGACAAAAUUAAUUAUUUCUCUUUAUAAUAAUAAAUUAUACGUCAUUGUAACUGACUAAUGUUUUUAUAAUUACAAUUCAAAAAUGGACGUUUUUUCAUUGAACACCAUUCAGGAGACAGUUCAUCUUGUCUCAAUGUUCAGCUACAUGAACACAAUGAGUGAUUUUUUAUUCUCAAAACAUUUUAUAACUGAAGAAGAGAAACUCCAAUUGUUACCAGUUGCAGAAGGAAUUUAUCGCUACCUAGAAUCACCAAAUGAAACACCAAACAAUAUUAAUAAGAAGAAAAUUAUUCUCAUCAAGGAAAUAAUUAAUGGAAGUGAUAUUUACGGAGGUAAACCAAAUGAAUAUCCCGAUCCAAUAUUUGUCAACGAAUUAUUUAAAAGAAUAAUCACUUCAAUGGUUUUUGAUAAAUAUGGAAAUAUUUAUGGAUUUAUUCUGAACGUAACUCGGGAAUCAGAAACAAAGGAUGUAGGAGAACUGAUCCAAGAAAUGAAAAUAAGAUUGAAUUCCACAUUACCGAAGAUUGUUUUCGAAAGGGUAUUUAACGAUUAUUUGCUUCCACUGUUUCCAUUACCAAAUCAUAAUAUUAGUUUAACAUCCGUAGAAUUUAUUUACGCACAAGCUGGUGCAAUGUUUAUACUUUCGGGUUCAUCGCAUGAUAGUUUUAAAGAAAUUUUUGAAUCUAAAAAUUCUGAUACCAAAGAAACAAAUAAAUUCGAGGAAUAUUUAGGUUUAGCACAUGCAAUUGAGGAACUUAUUAAUUCCAAUGAAAUGGAUAAAUCCCUUGUUCAAAUAUUUACACUACCUGCAUUACUCUAUUAUGUCACCGAAAAUAGAGAUAAUGAUGAAACAACACAAAACAUUGUCAUUAAUCCCGAACAUGUGACAAAAGCUUUGGAAUUAUUGUUCACCCAUUUGAAAAUGACAAUUACUAAAGCGAGAAUAGCACAACAAAAGGAUUCACGUUAUCAGUAUUUACUUCUAAUGUCGGGCUAUCAAAAUCGUACACAAAUAGCUAGAAAUUUAAUAGCAAGAAACUGUUUCGAAUUGAAGAAGGAUUUCGAGGAUGAGGUAAUUAGGUACAAAAAUAAUCCGGAUGAAUUUUCAUGCCUCAGUGGAAAUUUAACCCAGAAGUUACCAAAGCUAAACAAAUUAUUUGAACAACAAAAUAGAAAUAUUGCUGAUAAAUAUUUCCAAUAUGAAAAAGAUACAAUUGAAGAUUUGUUUGGUGAGGAAAUUAAAAACCAAGAAAUUGUGGAAAUUUCCAGUGGAUUGUAUAAAGCUUUUUAUGCAGGUCCGGGAAUACUCGGAGCAGGAGAAACACAACAAUUAAGAGAUUCUGAUGAUCUUCUAAAAUUUCACUAUCAACGAACUGGUGACAUCGUUUACUAUGCUUUAAUUCGUAACAAUAAUACCAUAAGGCUAAUACAUAAAACUGAUGAUUAUAAAUUUCGUCAACAAUUGGGUUUAUCAAAAUGGGAGCAGUUUCGCGACAGAGAUUUUAGAGAGAUAAAAAAUGCAAGGGAGAAUUUUACCAAUUUUAUAAAUCGAAUAGCUGGUGAUCGUAAAGAAAAGAUGUUGUCACAAUUGAAUACCGAAGGUUAUGAUGCAACGAGAAAAGAAUGGUGGAUUGAUUUUGGACUUAAUUUACUACCAUUCUACACGUGUGUUCAAUCAUUUACGAAAAGAAAUCUUGACAUUGCACCGGGAUUAUGCACAAUGGAUGGAUUAAUGGCUGUGAAUUUUUUUUCUGAAAUUGGAAUGGUUGUAAAUAAAUUUCUCUUACGAAGCACAGCAUUGGAAUUAGCAAAACAGGAAAUUAAAUUCUCAACAUUACUUCUACGUGAAUCGGUGUCGCAGGUAGGAGAGAAGGGAAUUAUCGACAUUUCCUUUAAAUUACAAAAAGAAAUGUUGAGUGAAAUUGCAGUGGCAAGUGUUCGUUAUAUUGAUCCGGGUUUUGGAUUUAUUUUCUCCCUUGCUAAAUCGGCUUUUCGUUCACUUGGCCACCUAAUCAAUAAAAUCGGAAAAUCUAUUAAAUUCAAUAUCGUCAAUAAAUUUCUCAUUAAAUUCGUUAAUAUUUACAGUAAUGCUUAUACUAAAUAUGAAAAAUUAUCCGGCAAAUGGAUUUACUAUCGAACAAUUGAUGACAAAAGUUUUGGAUAUGGUUACAAAUUCAUCAAACUUGGAAAUAAUUAUCCUCAAUUACGAUCAGUCACCGAAACCGAAUCUGAAAUUCCAAUUGUCAUGACACAAAUAAAAAAUAAAAAAUCUUACAGAAAAAUUAAUCUUCUAAAUGAAGACACAAAACAAGAAGUGAAUCUACAAAAUCAUUUUCCAUUUGAACGUUCAGAGAAUGCAGAAACAAAAAUCCAAAUCAUCAGUGACAAUGGUUUUUGUGAAAAUACAAGAAUCAAAAGAUCACCAAAUUCUUUUUGUUCACGACUAAUGUCACUUAUAAAUAGAGAGAAUAAACAAAAUAAUGCAAUAACAAUUGCGCGACAAAAAAAAUAUCGUCUACCAAAUAAUAUUCAAGAUAUUUUAUUUACCUAUAUAUUUAGCAAUCAAAAAAAUGAAGAAGCAUUUAUUAUCGAUUGGAUAAAUGCCGAUAAAGAACCAAUAAAUUGGUCACAUAUGAAAAUUAAAAAUCCAGAAGAAUAUUAUAAUCUAUUGUAUUUAGACAUACUUGACAAUCCAUAUUUAUCCGAAUGGGAGGCAAAUCAACAAAUUUCAUCCAGUUAUGGAUCGAAUGAUAGAAAAUUAAUUGAAUUAUUUAAACCAAUAAAUAAUGUACGCGAUGAAUUUAUACAAUAUCGUGCCUAUGAAUCAAUGAGUUUUAUUGAUUUUUAUUCAUUAGAAAAUUAUUUACAUCGAGGAUUUAAAAGAAUUCAAUAUAAUACAAACGAAGCAAUAUUAAUGAAACAAGCAAUAUAUCGUUUGGCAAUUAGACAAACUCAAAGUACACAAGUAAAAGUUUUUAAAAAUUUAUUUACAACUGAAAUUAAAAGUUUAAUUGACAUUGAAAAUAUAAUUCAAAAUAAAAAUAAAUUUUUUAUUUUACCAAAUUUUACACCAACAAUGACAGAAGUAUUAUCAGCAAUGGAACAAGUUAAUUUAUUAAAUGAUCAUGGAUAUGUUAAAGUACUUUAUCAAUUUAAAAUGCAUACACCCUAUAUUUGUGCUCGUGUUAAAAAUGUUUUAAAAAAUAAUGUCGAACAACAUAUUCUAUUGCCGGGAACUAAAUUUAAAAUUGGUGAAAUUAAUGAUUAUACUAUUGGUGAUGAAACUGUUAAAUUAAUUGAAUUAUCAUAUUUUAAAGAUGUAACUAGAGAAAGAAAAAUAAAAUUAAUUAUGGAUCAAUUACAUGAAUUGGAAACUAAUAGGGAAUUUUUAAAUCAACCAAAUGAGAUUUUAUAACUACCCAUGAUGAUUUUCAAGAAAUUCCAAGAAAUAUGUAAAUAAAUAAUUAUAUUCAAUAAAUAAUCUAAUAAUAUAA